AUGACUAAAACACAGCACCGAAAUUUAAAGACAGCUCUAACUUUUGAACCGAUUGAAAACCAUAAGACCGAAGUAUGUUGCAAAAGUUUUGAAUCGUCUCUGCCACAAAAACCGCAAACAAGUCCAAGAACAACAGCAGAAAAGCAAUUUUUAGAAUCGAAAGAAAAAUUUAAUAGAGAAUUGGGACCAAUUAUAAAAGAAAUUCAACAAACGUUCACUAAUUCAAGAGCACAAACAGACGCACAAAUCAAAGCAGCUGGAUUUUCGUAUACUGCAAAUAAUAAUGACUCAGUACAAUGUUCACGAUGUAAGAUUGAAAUAUUCCGCUUGACGAAAGAGAUGAAACUAUUUGAAGAGCAUGAAAUUCGAAGUCCGGAGUGUCCAUAUGUGAAAGAAAUGCGAAAUAACAACGAACUAAAUGAAAUAACAAAGAGUAAACCACAAAAACUACAAAAAACAGAAGCAAUGACAUGUGUGGGCGAUGCUGCAACAAAAAAGUCCUUGAAUAAACAAAAACAACAUGGAGCACAAAAACAGACACAACAGAAUGUUACUUCUCACUUAAGUGAAAUUCAAAUUAUUCGUGACGUUCGUAAACAUACGUAUUCUCAUUGGCCACAUAAAAAUCCGUCGAAAGCACAAAUGACCGAUGCAGGAUUUUUUAGUUGUAAUAUCGGUGAUAGAGUUAUCUGUAUCUAUUGCAACAUUAUCUGUCAACAAUGGAUACCAUACAAAGAUGAUCCAGUUGAAAUACACAAACUUUUAUCUCCAAAUUGUCCGUAUGUAAGAUCGAUUUUAAUAAAAAACGCGUCAAUGAACAAUAUUUGUAUUCUAAACGAAGUAGAUCAUAAAUCGUCUCAACAGGUAUCCGCCAGUGGUAACAAUAAUAAUUCAACCAACGUGGCCAAUAUUCGAUCAAACGAAAUUGUUUUGACUGCGGCCUGUAAUCAACAAUAUAUAGAACUACCCAAACGUACGACAUCAUUUGCCACUUGGCCUACUGAACCCUUGCCAUUAGUCGAUGAUCUGGUGAAAUCAGGCUUCUUCUACACUGGAACAAAAACGAUAGUGACGUGUUUUUACUGUAACGGUUCUCUUCAAAACUGGGGACCAAAUGAUAAUCCACUAAUCGAGCAUUCACGAUGGUUUCCACAUUGUGCGUACGCUAGACAACUUUGUGGCGAUGAUUUAUAUAGAAAAAUUCAAGAAUCAAAGCGAGCUGCUCAAGAACGAACACGAUCAAAUGAACAACAGCAAAAAAAUAGUUUUUCGAUAUUAAAUAUCAAUGAAACUUCAAACAACAAUAGCGGAAUUGCUCCCAAUAGCAGACAACUACAAAUUCCAGACGAAGCUACAUUAUCACGAUUAGUCGCUGCUAGAUUGGAUUGGCCAAUCUCACAAAGUUUAUUAAAUAAAAAUUUUAAAUUGUCAAUUAUAAAACGUUGUUUUGAAGAUCAACUACGCUUGAAACAUAAUGAUUUUAUCAGUGAUUCUGACUUGUUGUUAGCAUGCAUUAUACUUCAGAAACAAAUUGAAUACAUUGAUGGCAAAAAAGAAAAUAUUGUUAUACCAAGUGUAUUUAUGAAAAAAUUAGCAGAACAAGCAGAAAAAGAACGCGCAGAUAAAGAAAAGCUUGAGCGAAAUACAUGCCAUUCUAAUCAAGCGCAAACCACAUCUCUACGAACGACAUUGUCUUCAUCUUCAUCUUCUACAGGUGAAGAUGCUGACAUGGCAUCAUUAACUAAUGAAUCAGUAACGUCUAAUUCUUCAUCAUGUUCCAUUGAAUCAAACAUCAAUGUUAAAUCAAUUGAUGAAAAGCCAAAACCAAAAUUAGAUCUCAAAGUAGAAGUAUCAAAUCCUUGUGUACUCUGUCUAACUGAUGAAAGACGCUUAGCGUGUAUACCUUGUGGACAUUUAGCAACCUGCGUGCCUUGUGGUCAUUCACUUCGAACAUGCCCCAUUUGUAGAAAACAAAUAGAAGCUUUUGUUCGUGUAUAUAUUUAA